AUUUAUAUUUGACUACAGAAACCUCUCCACGUUUUGAUUGCACACAACACUUAUAGACUUUGUCUUACAAUUCACAAGCAAAAAAAAAAGAUAUGUUAUGUGCCUCUCAAGCAUCAGCUACAACCAUUUGCUCAAGUAUGGACAAAACCUCACAACCUUCUUCUUCUUCUUCUUCUUCUUCAGCCACAAUACGGCUCGGUGGUCGAGCCAUCGACCGUCAUAACCCAAUCAUACGUGACGGUCGGAGACUCACUCUUCCACCUUCUCCGAACCUUAAUCCCUCUUCUUCGUCUUCUUCUACUUAUCAUACUCCUCUCAAGACUAGAUUAGGUCUAGAGAGUAGUGAGCAAAAACGUGUAGCGAAGAGGAAGAGCAAGAAAGGUGACGCUGACGUUGGUAAGUCACCGGUUAGUUGUUUUAGCAGUGACACUCCCCAGGGCUCUUCAAGAUACUUAUUGAGCAACCCGGUUCUCUUUGACGGGUUUGUGGAUUCCGACCCGAUUCAACUACCUAUUGAUGAACCGGAGAUAACCAAAGCUGAUGAUUUGGAUAACUUUCAUGAAGAUAGGCUGAUCAUAAACGCCUCAAAGUAUGUCUCAUCAUCAUCAUCUUCUACUUUCUUGGGUAAGAAGCAACCCGAUUUCUUCGGAGGGUUCUUGGAUUAUGAACCGGUUCUGUCUCCGGAUAAUCCUUUCUCUGAACCAACAAAAGCUUCUCCUACAGCAUCUCUGAGCUCACUUGAAGAUAAAAAUGAUGUUUCCUCCCCGGAUUUCAAAUUCUCUCUUCCUCCUCCACCACCUCCUUCUCCUCCUCCACCGUCGCCGCCACCGACAUCACAGGAGAAGAACUCCUCUUCCGAUCAAGUAGUUGUUCUGAGAGUUUCACUUCAUUGCAAAGGCUGUGCCGGGAAAGUCAAGAAACAUCUAUCAAAAUUGAAAGGAGUGACGUCGUAUAACAUAGACUUCGCAGCAAAGAAGGUUACCGUGACGGGAGACGUAACGCCGUUGACUGUGUUGGCGAGUAUUUCCAAAGUUAAAAACGCACAGUUUUGGCCUGAGAUUAUUACUCAGAAGUGAUUCCUUUUUUUACCCCGCUGUUUUCUUCAUAUGUAUGUUCUUAUCUUUAUUUUUUUGGUUUUGGAAGACAAACUUUGUGAAAAUGUUACUCUUUUGUGUUCAUUUGUGUGUUGUUAACUUGUUAUGGCUUUAGAAUUAAAAAUAUAUAAGAGUUUUAAUGGUAAAGUUUUUGUUA